AUGCCGAACGCGUCCGUCAAGAUGAAGAAGAAUAAGGAUAAUGGGAAGUUCAAGGUUCGCUGCGGCCGGUAUCUGUACACCCUGGUCAUCACAGACAAGAAGGAAGCCAUCAGUACCCCGUCCCCCAGGCGGACCCUCACUAUUGACGACUUUGAGAUUGGGCGUCCUCUGGGCAAAGGCAAAUUUGGAAAUGUGUAUUUGGCCCGGGAGAAGAAAAGCCAGUUCAUUGUGGCGCUCAAGAUCCUCUUCAAGUCUCAGAUCGAGAAGGAGGGAGUGGAGCACCAGCUGCGCCGAGAGAUCGAAAUCCAGGCGCAUCUGAAACAUCCCAACAUUCUUCAGCUCUACAACUACUUCUACGACCGGCGGAGGAUCUACUUGAUACUGGAAUACGCCCCGCGUGGGGAGCUCUACAAGGAACUACAGAAGAACCGAACUUUCGACGAGCAGCGGACAGCCACGAUCAUGGAGGAGCUGUCGGAUGCCCUGAUGUACUGCCACAAGAAGAAGGUCAUUCACAGAGACAUAAAACCUGAGAACCUGCUGUUAGGUCUCCAGGGGGAGCUGAAGAUUGCGGACUUCGGCUGGUCUGUGCAUGCCCCCUCCCUGAGGUAUAGUGGGGCUAGUGGACUGUCCCUGGUGUGCGGCUGUGACGUUCUGUAUAAAACUCUUCUGUAACUGGUUGGUGGUGGUGCAGGCCUUUAAUCCCAACACGUAGGAGACAGGCAGGCAGGUCUGAGUGACCAGGCUAGCCUGGUCUACAGAGCGAGUUUCAGGAUAGCCAGGACGGUUGCACAGAGAAACUCUGUUUCAAAAAACAAAAUUAAGAUAUCUCGUUUCUCAGGAUGGAGU